AAGAUUGUAUCAUAAUUUUCAGUUCACGAACAACACCGGGCGCGACACCGGAUCGGUGCUGGGGUACCGUCGCGCCGAUUUUCGGAGUACGUUUGUUUUUAUCAGAUAAUCGGUGGUAAUUGCUUGGAAAUUGGUGGAAAGCCACCGUCGCUCGAACAACUCCAGUUGUUUACAUUUUUUAAAUAGACUGUGAUUGUUAUUGUCAUGAAAAUUUGAGUGAUCGGAGGGCUUUUGGUGGAGAAAUUCACACUUUGUUCGGUAAAUUUCAAAUGAACACCAGCGGAGGCAUUAGAGCUGUCGAGAUGUCGAACAUCUAUAAUAAUUCCGUCGUCAGUUUCUACAACCACAUCUUCUAUGAUCUGGCUGAUCCAAGAACGAGGGACUGGUUCCUGAUGUCCUCACCAGUGCCGGGAGCGAGUAUAAUGAUUGGAUAUCUGUACUUUGUACUGUCCUGGGGACCUCGUCAUAUGGAGCACAGGAAGCCAUACAAGCUCAACAAUACUCUCAUUUUGUACAAUUUAGCACAAGUAUUGCUGAGUACAUGGCUAUUCUGGGAAGGCCUGGAUGGGGCCUGGUUGGACAAAUACAGCUGGAAGUGCGAGCCCGUUGAUUACUCCAAUACACCUGAAGCCCUCAGGGUGGCAAGAGGCGUGUGGAUAUACUUUCUCGCUAAACUAUCCGAGCUCUUAGACACAGUGUUCUUCGUCCUGCGGAAAAAGGAAAGGCAAAUAUCAUUUUUACACAUGUAUCAUCACACAGUAAUGCCACUGAUAUCGUGGGGUGCUACGAAAUACUAUCCAGGUGGUCACGGAACAUUUAUCGGUGUAAUCAACAGUUUUGUUCACAUCGUAAUGUAUACUUAUUAUCUGCUGGCAGCAGCUCUACCUCAGUAUCAGCAGUAUCUGUGGUGGAAGAAGUAUAUCACAACAUUGCAAAUGGGUCAAUUUUGCCUCGCUUUUCUUCACAGUCUUCAGCUUCUAGUAUACGACUGUGAUUACCCAAGAUGGUCGCUCAUUCUCAUUCUUCCAAACGUUGCGUUCUUCUACUUUUUAUUCUCUGAUUUUUAUAAAAAGGCCUACGUACCAGACAAAUCGAAGAAGAACGCCAGGACGAAUGGCACUGGACGGUUGAAUGGAAAUGCUGACAACGUGCAGGAUAAUCACAACACCGAGGAAGGAUCUUCGGAGCAUCCCAAUGGUCAUGUGUCCACGACCAAGGAAAAACACUCCUAGAAACCGCGAAGGAGAUGAUGAAAGUGGCGAGUGAUGGUUAAAACUGAAACAAUAUCGAACAUCUUAAUUAUUAACUGUCGUCGUUUAAACAUCUUCCAGUGAUCAAUACUAUUGAUCAAGGAAAACUUGAAUGAUGGAGAUAGCUGGAACCAGAUAGCUGGUAGUUGAUGCUGCUGUGGGAGAAUGAAGGCACAUGCUUGCCUAGGACAUCUUAACGUCGUCGCUGUGCAUUUUCUAUCUUAAUUAUUUCAUGAAUAUACCGUAGAAAAUUUGUUGAAUGUAUGUUUGAUUUUCCGGGUGAGACAGGUACUCACGCAGGCACAAACGGGUGCCAUUUAUGAAGCAAAAAGGUGGAUGAGAAAAAUCCAAAAAAAUUGCUCAGUAAAGUUUAAUGACUAAUAAUGAUACUGCUUCCAAACAUUCCGAUCUCUCGGCCGCAUAACAUAGAUUUUAGUCACCACUAUCGUAGCUAGCGUUUGAUUCAGGAGAAGAGGUAUGUCCGAGAGGGCGAAUGAUCCAAUUGAAGUGAGAAAUUUUAUUGACUAAUCCCUAGCUCAACUUGAAUAAUCAAAAUGUAUGUUACGAAGAUUUUAACGAAAUUGGCCUAUGAAGUUUUAAAUAUAUAUAUAUAAAAUAUA